AGGCCGAGGUGGGAGGGCCCGAGGGAUAGAGUGAGGUGGGAGGGCCCGGUGUGUGGAGGGGCCGAGGGACAGAGUGAGGUGGGACGGCCCGGUGUGUGGAGGGGCCGAGGGACAGAGUGAGGUGGGACGGCCCGGUGUGUGGAGGGGCCGAGGUGGUUGUGAUGAAUUUCUCCGAGCUGUUCAAACAGUCGAACCAACUGUGCAGGCUGUCGCCUGAUGGGAGAUAUUCGGCUGUUUGCGUCCAAUACCGACUUGUAAUUCGUGAUGCGCGAACCUUGCAGGUCCUGCACCUGUACACAUGUUUGGACCAGAUUCAGUAUGUUGAAUGGUCUGCUGACUCUCUUUUCAUCUUGUGUGCCAUGUACAAGCGUGGACUUGUGCAGGUCUGGUCCUUGGAACAGCCUGAUUGGCACUGCAAGAUUGAUGAGGGAUCAGCUGGGUUGGUGGCCUCACGCUGGAGUCCAGAUGGACGUCACAUUCUCAAUACUACAGAGUUCCAUCUGAGAAUCACUGUCUGGUCAUUGUGCACAAAAUCAGUAUCUUAUAUAAAGUAUCCCAAGACCUGUCAGCAUGGGAUGGAUUUCACCAAAAAUGGGCACUACAUGGCGCUGGCAGAGAGACGAGACUGCAAGGAUCAUAUCAGUAUCUUUGUGUGCAGUGAGUGGCAGCUGCUGCGGCAUUUUGAGACUGAGACCCAAGAUCUGGCUGGUAUCGAGUGGUCACCCAACAGUUGUGUGCUGGCAGUGUGGGAUUCUUGUUUAGAGUAUAAAAUUCUCCUUUAUUCGCUGGAUGGACGUCUACUGUCCACCUACAGUGCAUAUGAGUGGUCUCUAGGUGUGAAAUCUGUUGCAUGGAGUCCAAGCAGCCAACUUUUAGCCAUUGGGAGUUAUGACGAAAAGGUAAGAAUGCUAAACCAUGUGACAUGGGGGAAGCUUGCGGAAUUGGAACAUCUCCCAACCAUCAGAAAUCCGAAAAGUAUCACAGCACAAAGGAUGGAAUUUUUAAGUAGUUUUUGCUGGGGUACUAUAACUUUUAGCAUGCUGUCUUUAUUGAUUCAUCUUUCUGUUUCAGAUGAGAUUUGCCAGCCUCCAGUUGAGCUGCUUGUCGUAAAGCCUGAUGCAGAUCGAGCAAAUCCUAAAUUGGGUGUUGGGAUGUUGGCCUUCAGUCCUGACAAUCGUUUCUUAGCAACCAGAAAUGAUAAUCUGCCAAACACUGUGUGGAUAUGGGAUGUUCAAAAGUUGAAGCAGUAUGUCGUUUUGGAACAACUGUCUGCAGUGAAAUCUUUCCAGUGGGAUCCAUGCAGGACCCGUCUUGCUAUCUGUACGGGCAGCAAUAAAGUGUACCUUUGGUCUCCAGCCGGGUGCUUGACUGUGCAAAUUCCAGCUGAAGGUAGUUUCCAGGUUUUGUCAUUGCACUGGCAUCCCAAUGGAGAGUCUAUAAUGCUACUGAGUAAAGAUCAAAUGUGUGUUUGUUAUUUAGAUACUGCAGAUGAAAGUUAAACAUAUUACCUACCUCUAGAGUUUGAGGGAUCAAGUACGCCAGUGUCUGACUGUAAUAUGAAAGAUACAACUACAAUCCAUUCCUGUUGACGGCAAGCAAGCAUUGUAGGCCAACUGCAGCAAUAUGAAAUACUGAAGUGUUUUUCCUAUCAUAUAGAAAUGUGAAAACAAAUUUGAAAAAUUUACUUUCACAGUCAUUAAGUGGAACGAUUCAGUAGCAAAAUCAUUUUCACAAAAAUGUGCUCAGGUUUUAUUCUACAGAAUUUUUUAAUUGAUUCUUUAUUGAAGUACUCUGUUUUUGGAAAUAUUUUAAUACUCCUGUCUGUUCAGUUCCUUGUAAUUGAUCCAUGCUUCCUAUAAUUAAGAUACAUCUGAGAAAUUACUUUUGGAAAAGUGUCCAGCCACCCAUCAGUUUUGAAAUAGAGGAAUAGAACCAGAGAUAGUUUACAAAAAUAUUUGAAGUUCUAUAUAUAGUUGCCUCUAAAUUUUGCUGUGUUCAACAUCCUAACAUGCAAUUAAAUGAAGAUUUUUAAAAGUCCUCAAACACAUCUUCAAAAGUAUUUCGUUAGUCAUAUUUUGGAAUGUCUCAAACAAAUGGCAGGCAUUGUAUGAAUGUCUUACUUAAGAUGACAUGAUUCCAGGAGUAUUAUUUGAAGUUCCAUAUAAUUUUAUCAAAAUCUAAGAGGUAAUUAUUAAUUUUUUCUGUUGCUGCUCUGUGCAUUUGUUUGCACAAGAUCUGUGGCUGUCCAAAACUUUUAACUGGAGAAUUCUAUUAGCAACAUCAUUAGAUCUGUUGCUGUGAAAUGUUAUAAUGUUAAUUGUCCAAUUAAUUUGUUUAUUAUUGCAAAAACAUUGACACUAUGGAUCAUGAUUUUCUUUGAUCCAUGUAAUCUUUAAAAUUUAUGCCUUAAAUGCAUACUUCUGUAAAUGUUUUAAAAAGCCCCGUCAAACAAUUACAAAACCCUUUCUUUACAUGGGCAGUCCUUACGACUGAAAUGUGACAUUGAGUAUUCAUAAAUAUUUGUAGCAUUUGAUUUAUGGUAGAUUUUUCUAAUAAAAUUGGUCUUUAUAUUUUUGUUGUUGUAUAUUGUCGGCAAACUGUGUUGCAAUGAAGUAACUUAGGAAGAGAUUAAAAAGUUGAUGUGCUGCAUUUUGGAUUUA